AUGGUUGAACCAAAGUCAGUGGCGAUUGUAGGAGCGGGCAUUUUUGGCCUUUCCCUGGCGGUCGCCCUGCGCGACCGAGGUCACCGAAUUACCGUAUUCGAGCGCUAUAAUUAUGAUCAGAACGAAUACGAUGCAAGCGAUGACGAUAUACAAGCUGCAUCAGUAGAUCACAACAAGAUCUUUCGAGCGUCCUACGGGAAGGAACUGCAUUAUCAGCGCCUUGCCAUGGAAGCGCGAAAGUUCUGGGUCUCGGAGGACGAAAAACGCGGUUUUUCGCAACAGGCCCCUGCGCCCGGGGAAAAGAGACUCUUUGUCAACAGCGGAAUGCUACGGGUGCAGCCAACGGAUCAACUUGGAGCAUUGGAAAAAGAGACACUCGCAAAUAUGGAGCGUGAUGGUUUUCGAGAUACACAAUUUGUGAAAAGCAACGUUGCGGAUCAAGGACGGGCAGACCGUUUGGGAUGGAAGGACAAACUGCUUGAUUUCGCGAUUCCAGAUGUCACACCUGCUAGCUCAUAUGAAGCUGUACUUGACUCGACAGCUGGUUUUGUGAGGUGCAGUAAUGCUUGCGCUCACUACCAGAAAGUUGCAGUUUCGCAGGGUGUCCAGUUUCACUUUGGCCCGGAGAAGGGCGCCGUAGAAUCGCUAGUAAAAGAGCACAGUGCUACUGAGCCGGAUAAAGUCAAGGUACUCGGGCUGAAGACUAGCGAUGGCAUUUACCACAAAGCCGAUAUUGUUGUGGUUGCUGCUGGGUCGUUCUCUACUCAAGUACUCCCUAACCUGAGCUACCACCUGGAGUCCUCCGCUGGGAGCCUAGCCACAUUCAAAAUUGACCCUAGUGAUAAGCACCUCUGGGACAAGUACUCCCCCGAAAAGUUCCCAGUUUUGACGUGGAAAAGUACCCCUCGAGAUCCGACCGGCAAAGACACCGGUAGCAUCUAUGUCCUGCCUCGCACCCCUGAAGGCCUUGUCAAAAUCGGAUAUCGGGGACUUAAGUUCACAAAUUUUAGACCUGCACCCGAUGGCACCCCUUUCACUCAAGAUCGCCAGUGGUCGGUGCCACUGCCACCAAAGGAAAGCCUUUCACUACAAGAACAAGCUGUUUAUUCCAUUAGACAGUUUGUAUCUAUUUUCCUUCCAGAGUUUGACACCGUUCCAUUCUACUCUACCAAACUCUGCUGGUAUACGGAUUCCUUGGACAAUUCCUUCGUGAUCGACUAUGUCCCCGAUUUUGCGGAAAAUUCCGUCUUUGUCUGCACAGGGGGCAGUGGCCAUGGAGCCAAAUUUCUGCCUAUUCUUGGACAACAUGCUGCUGAUAUUCUUGAGCAUGCCGACCAGAGUACGUCUUACAUGCGCCUGUUCUGGCGAUGGCGGCCCGAUGCACCCCGAAGGAAUGGCCUCGAGGAAGGACCCCAUGGGCCACGAAAUAUAGCAAAGCCUGCUUCCUAG